UGGGGGAUAUUUUGGUUGUUUGGUGGGUUUGUUGGUGGCUAUUGUUUGGGUGAGUAUGGCUUGUUAUAGUAUAACGGAUAAUGUUGUGGUGACGGCAUGUUCGUUUUGGCUUUCUUCAAUGGUGAUGUUGGUUUAUUAUGGGGCGACUCGGGGGAUGGUUGAGUCGGUGGGCGUGCUUGUUUUGGCUUUGAUAUGUUUUGUCGUGCUGGAAUUGAGUGUUCUGGCUGUCUUGGUGGUGGCUGUGGCUGAACCGGGUGUGCUUUGGGCUAUUCCUGGGGUCUUCUAUGACAGUUGUCGGCGGGCAAUAGUAAAUAAGAUACGGCGUUAA